UCUGGGAUUAACGUGUCCUAUUAGUGCGCUGUACUCGAACGAAGCAUCGUUUUUUCUUCCUACACUUAACGUAUAUAUAUACACACACACACACGCAUUUGUGGCUUGAAUUAAUUACGCUUGGUUGAGUUAUUAAAUCAUAUCUAUCAUUCAGAGUACAUCUAAAAACCUUGAGUUGUUCAUUUGCUUUGUAACAUUUUGGAUGGUAUCAAAAAGGCAAUCUGGUCAGAGGCACGAAGGCAGGGGCAAAGUUCCAAUUCAGGAGCAAAAACAAGCAUCAAUCAGUGGCCUUAGAAAUGUGAUCAACGCGCUAUGGAUGAGUGAUAAAUCUUCCUAUUUGGAAAAUUUUCUGCGAAGAGUGGUAAGAGAGGUGGUGGAACAAAAAAUCCAGGACCAAGCUCAUCUAUUUUCAAGGGAAAGGGUUGGUGAGGCUGGCAUAUCCGGAGCCAAACAUUUAAAGUUGUGUUUUAUUAAUAAGCUGCCUGAAACAAUUUUUACCCGGUCUAGUAUAAUAACAAAAGAUGAAUCAUUUCUUCAAAUUGCGUUAUUUGAUGUUAGAACUGAGUCUGUAGUAAAUGAUGGUCCUCUUUCCUCACUAAAGAUAGAGAUCUGUGUCCUGGAUGGAGAGUUUGGAUCUCAUGGCUGUGAGGAUUGGACUGAAGAUGAGUUCAAUUCCAAUAUUUUACGCGAAAGAGAAGGUAAAGAGCCUCUAUUGAUUGGAGAGAGAUUUAUUACGCUAAAAGGUGGAGUUGGUUGUAUAACUAAAAUUGCCUUCUCUGACAACUCGAGAUGGCAAAGAAGCAGAAGGUUCAGGAUUGGAGUCAAAGCUGUGCAACCAACUUCCAAUGGAGAAAAGAUUCAGGAGGGUAGAAGUGAACCUUUUGUAGUCAAAGAUAACAGAGGAGAGUCCUACAAGAAACACUACCCUCCAUACUUGAAGUUGAAUGAUGAUAUAUGGCGUUUGAAGAAAAUUGCUAAGGAAGGAAAAAUCCACAAGCAGCUCUCUUUGCAUGGAAUUCACAACGUCAAGGAUCUCUUGCGUUUUUACAUAACCAACGAACCUUCAUUAUAUGAAACGUUUGGAAAUAUUCCAAAGAAGUCAUGGUUAGUAAUCACUGAGCAUGCCAAAGCCUGUGAGAUAGAUGAUUACCAGCUUUACAGCUAUCACUCAGAAGAACUGCAAGUAGGCCUGCUAUUCAAUUCCAUCUACAUCCUUGUGGGAGUGACAUUCGAUUGGCAAAAUUAUUAUUUACCUGAUACUCUCAAUCCUAGAGAAAAGCAUUUGGUGGAAAUAGUGAAGCAUCAGGCCUACAAAAAUGUGUACGAUUUGAAAUUGAUUGAAGAGACUAAGUUGAACUAUUUAAAUCUAGCUGCAUGUCUAAAAGCAAGGCAGUCUGACACUCAAGAUCAAGGUCUGCAACAUGUUAAUAUCUCAACUGCACAAGGUCAAUCAGUAACAUUUCCAGAUUAUAGUCAACCAUCUAUCUCUCCUUCAUAUACUGAUGAAGGAAUGCAUGACCACCAAGUUUAUGCUGAUCCACUGCCAGGCAUAACAGAGAUGUCACAAAACAGUCAUCUGUUAGAUGAACUUUCCUCUGAAAUGUACACUGAAGAGGAUAGUUGUGACCUUAAUGGAUCGCAAUUUCCAUUCGUGCGAGGUGGUUAUUCAACAGAGAAUGAAAGCUCAGAGAUUCAAUUCAUAGAUGAUUGUUCUCCUUACACAACAUGGGAGCCAGAAACUGGCAUUUUAUUUGGUUCUCCUGUUGGAGCAGAAUUUAGCAGCUAUUCUACUUUCAUCAAUUCGGAUGUGGAUAUAUCAAGUAGUGGCAAAACCAAAGCAGUGUGGUAUAAGAUUCGUGUUGCUCUCAAAUGGGUCAUAUCAGUGAAAAGGGAUGCAGCUGCCAGAAGGAAUGGCCAUCUAUUUUACCAUAACUAUUAGACUCUGUUUUAUGCCCUUUGUGGACUUAUUACUAGAUAUAAAAACUGGAGGUGUAACACACAGAAAGGCUAGAAAAAUUGAAGAAAAGAAGAAAAUCUGAAACAGGCCCAGCCCAAUACGCGCUAAGCGUGCCUAAAAAGAUCCAAAGUCCACUUCAGCAGCUAUAAAUGGAGAGCAAGUCUAAGGAAAACAACACACCCCGACAGAACCCUCCUAGGGGUUUCAUUCACUCCCUUUGUGUACUCUUCACUAUUUAUCAAUGCAAUACCAUGUUUUUCUUUCC